UGUCUCUCCGGAACCGCGGGGCGCGGCCGCGGUGGCGCAUGGCGCCGCGCCACUUGCCUCUCGCUCUUCGGUCUGUAAACACGCUGCUUAGCCACAGCCGUACCUGCACCCGUAUCACCGAUUUAUCUUUCGAGAUGGAGAACAAGCACUGGUGGUGGCUUCUUGCGGGGUUAUUCGUCUUUUCGAUUGCUGUGGCUUCUGGAGAAGUGUGGGAGGAGAGCGAUCACGAGGUCCUUAUCCGCAGUGAGAGGGGUGCUAAAAAUAAAGGAGAAACUUGUCGCUACUCAAGAGGUGCAUGGUCCGAGUGUGAUUUCAAAACCAACUUCCGUUUCCGCACCCUGACGCUCAAGAAAGGGGAUCCCAGUACUUGUGAGCGAACAAAGACUAUUCAGAAAAAAUGCAAGAAGCCUUGCCGCUAUGAAAAAUCGUCUUGGAGUGAAUGCAGUGCUGAUGGAGAAAUGUCCAGAGUUGAUAAGUUGAAGGCGAAUAGUGACCCGGCUUGCGAUCAAAGUAGGCGUAUGACUAAAAAAUGUAACAAGAACAAACAAGUGAAAGCCACUAAAGACAAGGGUCACCGAAAUCGUCAGUAAAGUUCUUGCGGGACAAAUUGUGUUUAGACUUAAUAUUUGUUUAUUGAAAUGAUGUUUGUUCAGUGGUAUAGAUUAAUUUAUGUAUCUUAAUAGUGCCAAAAUAGCGACGAGUAAAUUAAUUAUCUGUUAAUUUCAAGUUACACUUCUAUGACAUCAAUUAGCAUCGAUUUCAUACAAUCUAAAUCUCUAUUAUUGAAUUAUGUGAUUGAAUAUUAAGUAGGAACGAUUACUUUUAAUGUCAUCUAUAAGUCCAAAGUUUGAUAUUAAAAUAAAUAAGUAAU